ACCAGGCUAGCUGGCAGAUGCAUGUGGCUGGCUACUGUGGGCCUCAAAAGCACCAUCAUGAGCUUUUGUUUGGGAGCAACUUGUGUAAAUGGCUCCAGCAGAAUUGGUGGUUGUGGAACUCAGGAUCCUGGCAAGGAAAACAGUAACAACAAGAUUUACACCCCAUGCCUAAAUAUAGCAAGACCUAGGCUGGAAAGUGUAAAUCCAGCUGGAGAGGGGAGGUCGAGCAGUGUGGAACAGCUGGUGAGACCAGCCUCGCUAGGGAGGGAAGCACGGAAAAAGACCUACGGUGAGGACAACAGAAGAAGAUGGAGAGAAAGAAACCAAGAAAGGGAUGGGAAGAGACGAAAAGCUGAACAUGUAGGAAACAUGGAAAAAAGAAAACAAAGGCAGAGAAAGCCUGGACUAGUUGAGACACAUGGAGAUGAAGUACAGGAGAGACCAGGAAGAGGAAGCACUGAAAGACUGUCCAGCAGUAAUUCUGAUAUCCAGUUAAAAAGCUCUUUGGAAGUUGAAGGAUCAAACAACUUGCAGAGAGGACACGAGUGUCCUAGUGCCCAGUCCCCUCCACCAGCUCUGAGGUCCAAAACGUCCGCUCUCCCUCCCUCUCCCAUCCAAACCCGAUCCAUGCCUCUGUCACAUCAGAGACUCUCAUUCAGGACAGCUGAAGGAGACCUGCUCUGCUGCCCAUUUAGUUCAUAUAGAGAGCCAGAUCCCUUUUGGGUGAAGGUGAGAACAGGGGCAACCGCUGGACAAUCGCCACAAAGCCAUCAUCCUCAGAAACACAUUACAUGUCUUACCAGCUCAGAGUUAGGAGUAGAAGAAGAGUGGAAGGAGGAGGAGGAGGAGGAAGAGCAGGACAUGGAAGAUAGUGAAAAUGGAGGCAGUGGUGUGAUGGAGGUGAUGAGUCAAACCAUGACCCUGGCAGUGGUGCCGCCUUGUGUUCCUUUUGGGGAGAAGAGGAUGAGUAAAAAAGAGAAGAACAGGAGAAGGGGGCAGAGGAGAAGGGAGCGGUGGAGACAAAGCCAACAGCUGGAGAGCAGACAGAAGUCGAUGGGGAACUCGUCCAGCAAUGGCAGCAGCGGCGGCGAAGAUGAUGAAAGUGUAAACUCCAGCGACAGAGAAGGUUACACCUGCACUGUGUGUUUGGAUGUGUACUUCAGCCCUCACAUGUGUCACCCCUGCAACCACAUCUUCUGUGAGCCCUGUCUGAGGACGCUGGCUAGGAGCAACCCCACCAACACCCCCUGCCCCCUCUGCCGAACAAUCAUCACACAUGUCCUCUUCCAGAAGGAGCUGAGCCAAGCAGUAAGAGCAUUCUUCCCAAAGGAAUACCUUUCCCGAAAACGGAGUUUUCACAAAGCAAAUUGUGCAAAGUGGCCUCUACCGAGCUGCAGGAAAUUCUUCCAUGUCUUUGGAGGUUUCCAGAGGCAGUCCAGUCCCAUUGCUGGACGCCAGUUCCCCCAUGGAGGAGGCUAUCGUUUGGAUGCCAUGGACAUGGUCAUCAUUUACAUGUACUCUGUCAACUGGGUUAUUGGAUUCUUCAUAUUCUGCUUUCUUUGCUACCUCUUCUUCCCUUCUUUUUGACAGUCACUGCAACAUUGUUGGUACAACACAGAAAGCUACUGAAGGUGAAGUGAGGAAUUAAAGAAGAAGCAGAUGGCAGACAGAGGGAAAACUAAACUAUAGGAUUUAAUGAGAGGACAGUGAAUGAGUUUCAAGCAAGUGGGAUGGGACGAUCGAGGAAAAAAACAAUAGUGUGCCACCCUGUUAUCUAUAACUAAUAAGCUUCUAGAUGAGUUGCUUUUUUAAACUUUCUAUUUCUGCUAUAAAGUUCAUUAAUGGUUAAAAUUCUGAUCAACAGCUUGGCCAACUGGACUGCUUUAGUCAGAUUACAUUCAACGGCAUAUUAAUUGACAAAUAUUUUAUAUAAUAAAAAUUUGAAUGGAAAAUAAACUGUUUUAUUUUUAG